AUGUCCACAAGUAACUCCAGCCUUGCCCGUCAACUCCGCCAGGCUUUGUGUGAUCAUCCUAGCAAAUAUGCUUAUCGAUACACUCGAAUUGCAGAGAAUGCUCUCCUCGAGGGUCUCUUCCGUUCACUGACCAAUGAUCAACCGGACCAUCUCCUCCAACUCUUCCCAAAUGGGUUUCCUGGCUCCUAUAAGUUGCAAGACGCCCAAGGAGUGCAAGAAAAUGCCGAGUACACCCCUGCUGCUCGCGGUCAUCCCUGUGGUCAUAUAUUCAAGGCAGGUGAAGCCAGUUACCACUGCAGCACCUGCACAGAUGACACCACUGCCGUUCUAUGUUCUCGUUGUUUUGUGUCUAGUGAUCAUGAGGGCCAUCAAUACACCAUUGGCAUCAGUGCAGGAAAUAGCGGGUGUUGUGAUUGUGGCGAUGACGAGGCUUGGAAAAGACCUGUAAAAUGUGCCAUCCAUACAGCGAGCGAUGACUGGACAACGACAGAUGAAAACGUCUCUCAUCUUGCCCCGGACCUCCAAGAAGCCAUCCGAACUACUAUUAGCAUCGUGAUAGACUACUUCUGCGAUGUUAUCUCUUGCUCUCCCGAAAACCUACGCAUGCCAAAGACGGUCGAUUCGGUGACCCAAGACGAACUCAGAAGCCGCCUACUACCCGAACAUUACGUCUCCGGCGAUGAAGUUGAGACGAACCCGGAAUACUGCCUGAUCAUUUGGAACGAUGAAAAACAUACUGUCCGUGAAGUCCAAUCGCAAGUCACUCGGGCCUGUCGUGCUCGCGAGAGAUUUGGGCUCGAGAAAGCUGAAGAGGCAAACGAUAUUGGUCGCUCUGUGAUUCGACACUCGAGAGAUUUGAAAGAACUGACAAGGAUGGCUAAAAUCAUCGAAGAAAUAAAAGUCACCGUCACUAUUAGAUCUUCUCGAGACACCUUCCGCGAGCAGAUGUGUGGCACUAUAAUUGAGUGGCUGGCCGACAUAUCAGGCUCUGGUAUCGCUGGAGAUGGCCACAUUCUGCGCCGUACAAUUUGCGAAGAGAUGCUCCAACUCUGGCGCGUUGGUAGUGAGGCCUGGAAUGCUCAAGUUGGUAGGGAUGAUCUCGACGAUCAUGGUGACGAAGAUGAUCGGGAAUUCCGCCGGCGGCAUCGUUUAAGAUUCUUUGAUCCUAUUCAAUUCGCAAUGCAGAGAGCUCUUGCUGCUGAAGCUCUUGACGACGCUCUCAGUGAUGUAGACAACGACACCGCCGAGGCCGACGACGAUGACGACGACGACGAACUGGGCGAUCAAGAGGGCGAUCAAGAGAUGAACGACUUCGUCCUACAAGCAACUGUCUUUGGAGAUGCAGAGACCGUACAUGUCCUCGCUGAGCAGUCAAUUGAUCCGGAUGCCACUGAUGAUGCCGAGGAAAUGGACACAGAUGGCGAUGGCGAUGCAGAUUUUCUCGAUGUUGCAGAGAGAAUGGACACGGACGAUCAAGUGUCUCCGCCACCACCACCCCCUCCACAUCCUCCAUUGGCCAAUACCGGUCCAAGUGUGAUCGGGCGCGAUGAGAGCGCAAAUUAUCUAAAUAUCCCCCGGACACCAGCUGCCAGUACCCGCACCACUGGAUCGCAUACAGCACCUCCCAACCAUUGGCUAGUAUUACCACCGAGUCAGCAGAGUCCAACUCAUAAACAAUCGGUCUACGAGGAUCUCUCUAAGAACAUCAGAGUGGACUCCCUGAUCUUGUUUGACCUUCGGCUGUGGAAACUUGCAAGAACCAAUUUGCGGGACUUAUUCAUCAGCACUUUGGUGAAUAUUCCACAAUUCAAGCGUAUCCUUGGUCUCCGAUUUUCAGGACUUUACACGACUCUGGCACAGCUAUAUCUUGUGGCGGACCGCGAGCCUGAUCACUCAAUCAUCAAUUUAUCCCUUCAACUUCUCACAACACCUUCCAUUACCGAAGAAGUAAUCGAACGAGGGAACUUCUUGACUAAUCUAAUGGCCAUUCUUUAUACCUUUCUGACGACGAGGCAAGUUGGCUUUCCGAAAGAUCUCGAUCCUGGAGCUACACUUGGCUUUGAUGCUGGGUCAGUGGCUAAUAGACGCCUCUAUCACUUCUUUUCUGAUCUGAGAUACUUCCUCGCCUCUCCUUUUGUACAAUCUAAAGCUCGAACUGAGCCACAGUACCUGUUCCAAUUUUUGGAUUUGGCGAAAUUGUCACAAGGCAUUUGCCCCAAUGUUAGAGCGGUCGGCGAACAUGUCGAAUAUGAAACGGACGCAUGGAUAAGCGCCUCUUUGUUGACCCGGGACAUUAACAAAUUGUGCAGGCAAUUUGCUGAAGCGUAUUAUGUAUCAAAAGAGAGCGGUCCGUCCGCUGUGUAUGCUACCUGCGAGGCCAUUUCCCAUGCUGCUGGAAUUGCAAUCAUCAAUUCUUCUGGACUUGAGCGAAGACGAUUUGACCAAGCUGAGAUAAAAGAAUCAGUUCGAUUCCAUACUAUUGGCCCUUUCGGCGACACCCCUGAACGCCUCAGUUUCUCUGUAGUGGACUUUCCUCCAGAGAAAGGCUCGUUGAGUUUUCAUCACCCUUUGCAUUAUACAUUGUCCUGGCUCCUUGAAUGUGGGAAACAUACUCAACAAUCUAUUUCUGCGUUGAAAGAUGCCGCGCAAACAUUCCUUACACACCUUCACGAGAGCUCGCUCCCGGCUCGGGACACAAGCAUCAAGCACGCGUUGAGCUCGGUUGAUGAUGCGCUCUUGGCGAUGUUUGACUUUCCACUGCGUGUCUUUGCCUGGCUUUCGCAAAUGAGGGCCAAUUUAUGGGUACGUAAUGGGAUGAGUCUCCGCCAUCAGAUGGUACAAUACAAAAGUGUUGCACACAGGGAUGUUGGACAUCAUCGAGACUUGUUCCUUCUUCAAGCAGCCUUGGUCGCAUGCGAUCCAGCUCGAGUUCUAGCCUCGAUGAUAGAUCGUUUCGGACUCACGACAUGGAUCAGGGACGGCUUCGCCUCGCUUGAAAUCUGUGAAGAUGGUCAAAUGCUGGACUUGGCAGAAGAUUUCGUCUAUCUCUUGAUCAAUCUACUCUCAGACCGUGAUGCACUGAUCUCGGAUCGAGAUGAUAUCGAAUCACAACUAUUGGCUGUUCGAAAAGAUAUCGCACAUACUCUGUGCUUCAAACCGCUAUCCUACUCUGACCUAUGUGCCCGUCUGACAGAAAAGGCACAAGAUCAUGAAAGACUACAAGAUGUCCUUGACCAGAUGACGAAAUAUCGGCCUCCCGAAGGCCUUCACGACUCGGGUCUUUUUGAGCUAAAGGAAGAAUUCCUUCUCGAGCUGGAUCCAUACAAUUCGCACUUUACCAAAAACCAGCGAGAUGAGGCUGAAAACAUCUACAAGAAAUGGAUGGCAAAGAAAUUGAACAAGUCACCCGAUGACAUUGUGCUAGAACCAAAACUACAUCCCAUCCGCUGCGAGGCCUAUACUGGGCUAUGUAACAUUGUCGGCACGACACUCUUUGCCGAAGUAAUCCACAAAAUCCUACUCUAUAUAGCUCAUGGUCACAAACUCAAGACUGGCGUAUCACCUACCAGAGUGGAAGCAUUUCUCCAUAUUGUGCUGCAACUCACAUUAAUUGCUACCUUGGAGGAUGGACCAGGGUCUGAGGACGAUGAAGCUGGUGUCUCUUUCGUUCGUCAUGCCAUUACCCUGAAACUGCCAUCGAAUGGCGGUGUUGAUUCGACCAUUGUCGUGGUAUUGCACAAAAUCUGGCUGAUGGACGAGUUUAGUUCUUGCAGAAGCAAGAUUAGACACAUUGUGCGACUUCUAAGACAGAAGCUACCUCAUCAAUUCAUGGAAGGGACAAAGCAUUUGGACUUUCCUUCGGGCAGGUUCGAUACCGCAUCCCCAGCCAAUCUCGAAAGUGAACUGGAAGCCAAGAAGAAACAGGCCAUGGAACGAAAGGCACGAGUCAUGGCACAAUUCCAGCAACAGCAACAGAGUUUCAUGGACAAACAAGGCGUAGUUGACUGGGGAGACGAUGAGUUUGAUUCUCCUGAGGACGAGCUCCCGAAAUCCACAGAGACUCGUCAUUGGAAAUAUCCUUCAGGCCUAUGCAUCCAAUGUCGAGAGGACACCUCAGACGCUCGCCUGUACGGCACCUUCGCCAUGGUCAGCGAUGCACAUAUCCUCCGGCAAACAGACAGUACCGAUGAAGAUUUUGUGGGUGAAGUGCUAUCUGUUCCGGACAGCUUAGACCGUUCUAUCGAGCAUAUAAGACCUUUUGGUGUGUCUGGGGCCAACCAUAUCAAAGUGAAACGCUUGACAGCCAGCGGCCAAGAGGAUAUCGUAGACCACCAGGAACUGGGUAGGGGCUGGCCAAAAGCUCACACCAUGAAUGGACCAACAUCAACUAGUUGUGGUCACAUCAUGCAUUUUACCUGCUUUGAGAAUUAUUUCCAGUCUGUUACAAGGAGACAUUCCCAGCAAGUGGCUAGAAAUCACCCCGAAAGAACAGUGAUGAAAGAGUUCGUCUGCCCGUUGUGCAAAGCCCUGGCCAACACCUUCCUGCCGAUUGUCUGGAAACACUCACAACAGUCAUAUCCGGGAGAUUUGGCUGUGUCAGAUGAUUUUGAGUCAUUUGUGGGAGUCUCGCUGUCUGGACUCCUCAACUCGGGAAUCGAUUUGGAUGAGAGCGCUUUCGGGACUGCAGUGGCACGGGUGCAUGCACGAACACUGUCAACUUUCUCCAAUAGCUCUCUAGCACCCGUAAUCGCUCAGUCGCAAGCUGGCGAUGUGGCUAUUAGUCCUGGUGGCUCGUGGGAUCGUCCCGAAAUGGCCGCCUUUGCAGAGCUGGCAACUAUUUACGGCCGUCUGCGUGACUCUCUGACGAUUGUCUCCCGAACACAGCCCCCAUCAGAGGGGUCCGGAACCAAGCCACUGCCACCGUACCAUAUAUUGGUCAACACCUUCGCAAACACCAUUGCUUCUGUCGAAAUUGGUCAUCGUGGGCGCGAAGCCGAGUUUGGCACUUCUUUGCUAACUAGCAUUCCCCAACAAACCCUGAGUCAUCUUCAAAUACUCUCAUCAACUUUGCGAGCAUAUGCAGCAGCAGGCACACUGACCGUCCGGGGUCCCGCGGUGGAAGUUCAUUACAAAGAAUUGUGUGGACGAAUUGAACAACAAUUAGUUGGCGAAGCUCACAAAUAUGGUGUGCCUCCACUUCUCUCCAUGGAUCCUUUCCAAUUCCUCGUCCAAACGACAAUGGUUCUGUGUCCUACUCGCAAAUUGGAGGUACGACAUGUUUUACAACUCUCGCUGACCAUUGAGCUCCUACGCGUGGUCUUGACCUUCAUGCUAGAGCCGGCCGGUUUUGUGAAAGCUGGAGAGAAACUGACAACUGACAAUACGCGUAAAAUGGUCCACAACACGGGAUCGAGGGAGACUUACGCCGUAAAGAGCCUGGUAAUGUGGCUGAGCAAUACGCUACAGAAACAUGAUGGCAUCAGUCGGCAGGAUUCUUUUCGGGACAGUGUACAAAAUAUAACUCCUGAAAGCGCCAGUGACUUGUACACGCUCUGUAGAAGCUACAGUCUUGCUUUUUUGCGAAAAUCUGCGAUUCUCUUCCACGUGGCGCACGGUGUUGAUUUUCCAAACACUGCAGGAUCGGAGGCAGGAUUACCUGAACUCGAUCGUCUCAUGCACCUGCUCCAACUACCGGAUAUCGCAGAGAUCCUACUUUCAUUCGAUGAAUUUUCGGGCGUCAACGCGAUAAAGGAGCGGGCAACUUCAUGGGUACUAGACUCCAUCCUAGGGAUGAUAGGACCAGAUCAAGACACUCUGGGCAUCAGAUUAUUACAUCCAGCACCACUUGAGUUGAUAGGGCUUCCGAAAUAUUUCGAUGUCCUCAUGGAGGAGUCCCAUUAUUGGAAAUGCCCUACAACUGGGAAGGAAGUCUCCGAUCCAGCCCUCUGCCUGUUCUGCGGCGAGAUUUUCUGCUCUCAGACUGUAUGUUGCCUCACCAAGGAGAUGCGUGGAGGAUGUAACGCCCAUCUUGAAAAGUGUUCCAGUCCGAUUGGGAUGUUCCUCUUUGUUCGCAAAUGCCACGUUGCACUUUUGCACGUUGUCAAAGACCCCAGAGCGAGUGAACAUGAUCGUGAGAGACCACAUCGUGGCCUUCACACACCACCAUCCUCACUCACUCUGAGCCACGGCUCAUUUUUCCCCGCACCCUAUCUGACAAAACAUGGCGAGACUGACUCUGGGCUGAGGUCAAAGCACCAGUUGAUUCUGAAUCAAAAGAGAUAUGACAAACUCCUGAGAGAUACUUGGUUGAUGACGAAUGGAAGUGUUUGGAGCACUAUUGCAAGGAAAUUGGAGAGCGAGGUCAACGCUGGUGGAUGGGAGACGUUGUAG